GAGUCAGGUGCGGAUGAUACUCUCCUACUUCUCCAUUCUCCUUUUGUUAACAAAUCGCAGGAAAAAUAUUUGUACUCAUUACUACUGAAGCUACAUAUUUGUUUAUCAAAUUUUAUCUGCAAAAAUUUGCAAGGAUUUUUUUUUCUUUCUAUUUCUGAAUGAAAUUCAUAAAACCAAAAAGGUAAAAUAAAGACAACUGUAUAACCCUAACUAGGUUAGGGUACAAUUGUAUUCCUUGGAGGAGUCAGAUUCAACCUUGUCCCGGAAAACCUUAUCCCCAACAAAGCAAACUUCAAACUCCCACCAAGAUAAGCACAUGGGUUUAGGGAAUGGCAGUGGACGUCUCAGAACAAUUUGGACACGAGAUGCAUCGUUAUUUCGUUGAUCUUAUGCUAUAACAGGUUGCCCAUGGCCGUAAAUUUGAGGAUCAUUUGUUUAGCAAAAGAGCCUGGAAGGUGUAGCUGGGACGAAAAGCGAAAUAUGGUUGUUGCUGAUAAUAAUGUUUGGGAUGAAUAUCUCAAGGCAGAUGCGAAUGUGCGAUCAUGCAGGGUUAAAAGCAUCCCCUGUUUCAAAGAUUUGUGUACUAUUUAUGAACAUGUGAUGGAAGGAAAAUUGGAAUGGUCAUCUAAUUCUGGCGAACAUGGAGCAAUCAAACCCUGUCUAUCUAAGGAUGUCUGUGAGGAUGCUGAUGAGCUUCUUUGUGAUGUUGGGGCUGAUGAAGACUGUGGAAUCUCUAGCAAUGACAGUACAACCAAUGAUUGUGAGCAAAGGGUGCCAAAUGAAACAACAUCCACUUUUGGUACACGGACCCGGACUUGUUGGCAUCCACCAGUGGAUCGUUACUUCAUCAACUUAAUGCUUGCCCAUGAGCACAAAGGGAAUCAAUUUGAAGGGGUCUUCAGAAAACAAGCAUGGAUGGAGAUGAUUUCAUCAUUCAAUGAAAAUUUUGGUCUUGAGUAUAAUUCGGAGAUUCUUAAGAAUAGGUACAAAACUCUGAGAAGGCAAUACAAUUUAAUUAAAAGUCUUCUUCAGUCGGAUGGCUUUGCCUGGGAUGAAACAUGCCAGAUUGUUUUGGCUGAUGAUUGUGUUUGGAAAGAUUAUCUUAAGGUGCGUAUCAAUAUAAGAAAUCUGCUGGGAAAUUGAACCUCUUUGGACAUCUACACUUCGAAGUAUUAAUUGGUUAUAUUACUAAUGAGAGUUGGCUGUUCUCAUCUGAUUUCAUGAUGGUAUAUGGAGUUUGGAGUGAAUGCUUCUAGAAAAUUGUUUGCC